CACACACACUGAUACACACACACUGAUACACACUGAGCUGCAGUGAAGCUAGCUGUUAGCAUGAUCAGUAUAGGAGGCUAACCUACACACACACACUCACUCACACACAGAAAUGCAGUGUCCGAGGCUUCCUAUUGGACGGUCCCGAUGUAGCCAAACUUCUGAUUGACAGCUCAGAGGGGGCGGAGCCUGCAGGCGGUGAUGUCAAAGAGAGGAGCGGGGGGACGAGGGAAGGGGGAGCGACCUGACGCCAUGGCAACUCUACAAGCAGCCAAUGAGGAGCUGAGAGCCAAACUGACGGACAUCCAGAUAGAACUACAACAUGAGAAGAACAAGGUGAGCCGCCUGGAGAGAGAGAAGAGUCAGGAGCUGAAGGCGGAGCAUCACCGCGCCACACUCGCCGUCACGGAGCUGAAGACCAAACUGCACGAGGAGAAGCAGAAGGAGCUCGCUGUGACCCGCGAGACGUUACUACGGCAACAUGAGAUGGAGCUCAUGAGGGUCAUCAAGAUCAAAGACGGAGAGAUUCAACGUCUCAACUCUCUGGUCCUCACGCUGAGAGACGGGUCCACGGACAAGGUGAGGAGCGCCCUGCUGGUGGAGGUGGAGGAGGCAAGGAGGAGCUGGGAAGCGGAGCGUUGUCGCCUCCAGCAGGAGGUGCAGGAGCAGAGAGGAGCGAAGAGGAGCGUGGAGGAGGCUCUGCUGUCGGCUCAGCAGGCCUGCCAGGCCCGAGCAGCCGAACUGCGAUCGGCUCAUCACCAACACCAGGAAGAGCUUAACAGGACCAAGAGGGACUGCGAGAGGGAGAUCCGCCGCCUGAUGGAUGAGAUAAAGCUGAAGGACCGAGCGGUCAGUGUUUUGGAUAAGGCCCUGGGGCUGCAGGCGGGACACGCCCACCGUCUCCAGCUGCAGACUCAGGCUGCCGAGCAGCAAAUCGCAGCGCUGAGAGAUGCUCAGAGGGCGGGACUAACCCCCCCAGGCCACACCCCUAACCCCGCCCCUAACACUUCUCCUCACAUCUCUCAGGACGACCGGGACACGCGCAGGUUUCAGUUAAAAAUCGCUGAGCUCAGCGCCGUCGUCAGGAAGUUGGAGGAUCGAAACGCUCUGCUGUCUGAAGAACGCAAUGAACUGCUGAAGCGUCUGAGGGAGACAGAGAGUCAGUUUCUUCCUCUGCUGGACAAAAACAAACGUCUGAGCCGGAAGAAUGAGGAGCUGGCUUUGUCGCUGCGUCGCCUCGACAACAAGCUGCGCUUCGUCACCCAGGAGAACAUGGAGAUGGUAACUAUGAGGAGGCCAAGUUCUCUGAAUGACCUGGACCGCAGUCACUCCACCAGUUACCAUGGUUACAGCCAGGACGAGAGAGAGAUGGAGUUUCUACGGUUACAAGUUUCAGAACAACAACACAUCAUAGAAGACCUCUCCAAGGCACUGGAGACAGCAGGUUAUGUAAAGAAUGUUAUUGAGAGAGACAUGUUGCUGAGAUACAGACGGGAAUCAGUGAAGAGGAGACGGACCUUCAGAGCCUGCAGGGUCAUAGAGACCUUCUAUGGUUAUGAUGAAGAAGCGUCGGUGGACUCAGAUGGAUCAUCUUUGUCUUUCCACACUGACAGAACUCCAGAUACUGAACCAGAUGAGGUGUGUGUACGUGAGGAGGCAGAGUUUCGUUACCGUCAGCUGACUCAGGAGUAUCAGGCGCUGCAGCGAGCCUACGCUCUGCUGACGGAGACAAGUGGAGGAAACUACGACGCUGAGAAGGAAAUCAAGACCAGAGAGCAGCUGCUGAAUGAAAUCAGUCGAUAUGAAACCAGAGUUGCAGAUCUGGAGUCAGCACUCAAACAACAAGGACUGGAUGUGAAGUGGGUGGAAGAGAAGCAGGCGUUGUAUCAGAGGAAUCAGGAGCUGGUGGAAAAGGUGAAGCAGAUGGAAAGAGAAGAGAUGCAACUGGAGAACGAAAUCCAGGACAUCCGAGAUCAGAACGAACUGCUGGAGUUCAGGAUCUUAGAGCUCGAGGAGAGGGAGCGACGCUCACCGGCCAUUAACUUCAAACAACUACAUUUCCCAGAAGGCCUCAGUCCUCUACAGAUCUACUGUGAGACAGAGGGAAUCCCUGAUAUUGUGAUCAGUGAGUUGAUGAAGAAACUGGACAUUCUGGGAGAUAACGCCAAUCUGUCCAAUGACGAGCAGGUGGUGGUGAUCCAGGCCAGGACGGUGCUCACUCUGGCAGAGAAGUGGUUGGAGUCUAUCGAAGUGACGAAGUCGGCUCUGCAGCAGAAGAUGUUGGACAUUGAGAGUGAGAAGGAUCUGUUCAGUAAACAGAAAGGUUACCUGGAUGAAGAGUUGGACUACAGGAAGCAGUCCAUGGAUCAGGCACAUAAGAGGAUCCUGGAGCUGGAGGCCAUGCUGUUUGAGGCUCUGAAGCAGGAGGAGCAGUACAGGAUGGAGGGAUUAAAGGUGGAGGAGGGUCAUCUGUCUGAAACUCUGACGGACGAGGAGAGGGAGGGGCUACGGAGAGCGAUGGACCAAUGGAAACGGACUGUGAUGUGUGAGCUGAGAGAGAGAGACGUCCAGAUCCUCCGAGACAGGAUGGAGCUGCUGCAACUCACACAACAGAGGAACAAGGAGCUGGAGGAAUUUAUAGAAGCACAGAAAAGACAGAUUAAAGAGCUGGAGGAGAAGUUUUUAUUUCUGUUUCUAUUCUUCUCUUUGGCCUUCAUCCUCUGGUCCUAACAGCAGCUGGGUCUGCAGGCCUCCAGAGUUCAGCAGCUGAACACGCAGCAGGGUCGGCUCAGUCUGGAUCAGACCAAAGGACAGGAGUAUUCAGAUGGAUUCUUGGUUAGAACCAGCAGCAUACUGAUUGAGGCACUUUGGCUUCACUGCCACAUUUACCUGCCUCUGACUGCUGCCGGCCAAUCUGAGUCUGGAACUACACCGUCACACCUCAUAGUUAAAGACAAGGAUGGCUUCCAUGGCAACAGAUGAACAACAACAAACGGCAUCGUGCUGACCAGCUGCCUGUUACCCUCUGUUUACCAUCUAGGUCCAGUUUAGACACCUGAUAUGCAGCUGACAAACCUACAUUCUGGCCUCAGGAGGCCCGCUGAACCAAAGUGGUGCUGGACUUUAUACUGUGUUAGCUGAGCUAGCUGGACGUUAUACAGUGUUUACUCAGCUAGCCGGAUUCAUACAGUAUUAGCUGUGUUAGCUCAGCUAGCUGAUUUCAAACAUUACCAGCUAAGUUAGCUGAAUUCAGUCUGUGAGUUUACUGGUGAGCUUCAGUAAGAAUAAGCUUGAUGAACUACAACAGAAGUUCAGGAAAGUGGUUGCUAAGUUACCUUCACACAGAACAACUGUAGAAACACAAUAGAAAACUUUAUAAUCCGUCCAGACAUCAGUUCAGUUGAGUUUAACUUUGCUCUGAUUGGCUGUUGGAUCUGAAGACUGCAGAGUAGUUUCCCCUCCACUCGUGGAUCUCAGGUUACGGUGUGUAACCUUCAUGUGGAACCGUCCCGGGACCAAAAGCUCAUGAAGGGAACUCUUCUUCACGGAGGUCUGCUGGAGGUUAGAGCUGCAACACCACAGCAACAAACAGAACAAAACAAAAAUAAUGUUAAGAUCUGAUGAUAAAAGAAGCCCGAAGCAGGUUUAACAAAUGUUUGAUUUAGUGAUGAAGCUGCUGCAGUUCAGAUUGUUCUUAGUUCAAACUGGUGGAGGAAAGUACAACGUUCUGUGGGACCUGACUGAAUAAUGGAGGAUAAUUUCACAAAACAAAAUUCUAUAAAUAUAUACUAUAAAUUAUUUAUUAAUAUAAAAAUUAUUAUUAUAUGAAUUUAUGCAUUCUUAAUUUUAGUCUGCUACAAGAGAAAAUCAGCAAAUCAAAUUUGAUAUUGAAAUGAAUAUAUUAUAUUAAAUGAAAUGGAUUCUAAAAAUAGAGAGUGAAUUAAAUAAAAGAACAGAAAAUAAAAAUGCUAAAAUGAAAAGUUUACUUGUAAACAAUGUCUUAAUGUUAAUUGAACGCUAAUAUUCAAAUCAUAAUGUUCUUUUUUUCCUUUUCAGUUUCAACCUUUCAUCCACUCAGAGCUUUGAGUUUCAACAUGAAAUUCCUUUUGGUUUGGAUCGUGUUUGGUGAUAAAAAGACGUGAAUUAUCUUCCUCAGUGUUUAACUGAAGCAGGUUCAGAGCUGACUGAUCCUGCUGUUGUACUUUUAUUAUUCCAGAUGAUAUUUUUCUAUCUGCUGUAAAUCUGAACUCAGUGAACAUCUGGAGCUUCUGCAGUUUGAUGUGAUUACAGAUUAAAGUGGUGGAAA